AUGUUACUCUCAUUCUCACAACUUGCUGCGCUCUGCAUUAUACCUCGCUAUGGUAGAUGGGUUAACGCUCAGUGCUACAGAGCAAAAACUGCCCUGGUCACUCUGGCUGUCAAGAAUGUGAUUGACUCGUCAGACGUGGUCAUCCAGGUGCUGGACGCCCGCGACCCUAUGGGAACGCGCUCCCAGAACAUCGAAUCAUACAUCAAGAAGGAGAAAUCUUGGAAGCAUCUGAUCUUUGUUCUCAACAAGUGUGACCUCAUCCCCACCUGGGUCACUAAACGCUGGGUGGCGCUGUUGUCUCAGGAGUAUCCCACGCUGGCUUUUCACGCCAGCCUUACCAACUCUUUCGGCAAAGGCUCCCUCAUUCAGCUCCUCAGGCAGUUUGGAAAGCUCCACACAGAUAAGAAACAAAUAAGCGUGGGCUUCAUUGGUUAUCCAAAUGUGGGAAAGAGCUCAGUCAUCAACACGCUGCGCUCCAAGAAGGUCUGCAACGUGGCGCCUAUUGCUGGAGAAACAAAGGUGUGGCAAUACAUCACUUUAAUGCGCCGUAUCUUCCUCAUUGAUUGUCCCGGUGUGGUCUACCCCUCGGAAGACAACGAAACUGAUAUUGUCCUCAAAGGAGUGGUUCAAGUAGAGAAGGUCAAGAACCCCGAGGAGCACAUAGGGGCGGUGCUGGAGCGAGCCAAACCAGAAUACAUCCAGAAGACCUACCGCGUCCCCAUGUGGACCUCCCCGGAGGAUUUCCUGGAGAAGUUGGCAUUUCGCUUUGGAAAACUUUUAAAGGGAGGCGAACCAGAUCUCCCCACUGUGUCCAAAAUGGUGUUGAAUGAUUGGCAGCGGGGGCGUAUACCUUUUUUUGUGAAGCCCCCAGGACCUCAGGGAGACCAGGGACACCACGAGGAGGCGCUGCCAGUAGAAGAGCCCUCAGAAGCAGUAGAUGUUGGACAGACUGAUGACAAACUCCCUGCUGUGGAAGAUGAACACAAGAAAAAAGAAAAGGAGCAGCUAGACAAGAUUGUCUCAAACGUGCGACAGAACUUCGGCAAGAUCAACGUGGCGCCAGAAUUCAACGAGGAAGACCUGGUCCCCGUGGAAAUGCCCGACCUGGACCUCUCUGACUUUUCUGGUUCUGAGGCUGAAGUGGAAGAGGACAGCGAGGAGGAGGACGGCGCAGAGAAAAAGAAGGAAGAGGAGGAAGACACCAGCGAGCCAGUUGGCGAUAAGGUUGCGGUCGUUGAGUCCACCCCGGCUCCCAGCAAGACUUCCAAGCAGGUGAUCCGCGAGCUGGAUGAUAAGAUCGCCAAGUAUAAGCAGUUUCUGGACCGGGCCAAAUCCAAGCGCUUCUCUGCGAUACGAAUACCUAAAUCACUUUCUGACAAAGUGCUGAGCGACAUCAAGAAGAAACGACCAGAAGCUUCUAAGAAGCAAGCACAGAAGAAAGCUGCCCCCCUGAGAAACAGGAAGAGGAAAGCUGAGGAUGAAGAACCCUCCCAGCGAGCCAACCUGUCAUCCAAAGAGAAAAGAGCAAAGGAGCGCGCCAGCAAGUCAAAGAAAGUGGGCGCACGCUAUUACGAAACACACAAUGUGAAAAACAGGAACAAGAACAAGAAAGUAGAGGUGCAGGCGGCACCUUCACAGGGCAGUAAGGCAAAGAGAGCCAAACGCUAAGCAAGCUAGUAAAUAUUCCUAAAAAGACUUUCAAUCGUACUUUAUUUUUAGAAUAAAUGUUCAAUAGUCAUCUGGAACAAUCUUAA